AUGACUCGUUGUAAACAUACUGGCUGGCUGCGCGUGGCCACCAAAGACCAGGCGUAUGUCGUCGAAAGCUCGGAUCGUGCCCAGAGACUGCUGGACAAUCUGCCACGGCCGGACAGCCAAUAUCCGAGUACUCUCGUGCUGAUAGGAAAUGCCACCAAGCGGGUUGCCAUGCAGAGACUCGGUGUGUACAUCACCGCGCCCAACACGGCCAGGGGCCACGGCGAGAUCCAUCUUUCCGUCGCCCCGGUCGGCGCGUCCGGCGCAAGGCCGACGCUGAUUGCCGAUGCCGACAUCCCGCCCCACAAGCGGCUCGGCAGGCCGAGAAAAUCGACGCUCUGCCAUGAACUCGUAGCAAGACCACUCUCGAUCUCUCAUGGUGCAAGCAUCCCGUCCGCGAUGCCGUCCGCGAUGCCGUCCACGAUGCCGUCCACGGCGGUGGAAUGUGGCGACCAUAUCUAUAAUCGCAUGCUUAUCCCCUUUGCUGAUGCUGUGUGUUUUUUUGCCGACGAUAUCGGCGGCAUAGAGGUCGUUGCCCAGCGUCUUGCGUCGUGGCUGGAUCUGGAUACGCCGUCCACAUCGUCGGUGCGGCCCUGGUUGGUGGUCGUCGUGAACGGCGGCGAAGAGGAUUCCACACGAAGUCGCCUGCUGCAGUCCGUCCGCAAGAGGACAAACGCCCACGUGUCCGAACGAUUCCACGGCGUCCGCGUCAUCAGCCUGGCCGACAAGACGCCCAAGUCUCUGCGACGCCACCUUCGUUCCCUGCGCUGGGACAUACUCAGCAAUGAGCUUUCCUACAUGACGGAGACCAAACGAGUCGAGCGCGUGCUCGCCAGCUGCCUCUUCUCGGCCACCCACCUCGCCGGCCUUCUCCGCCACGCCGCAGAGCACGUCGGCGGUGUCGGCGCGCCGCCCCUCGACUUCCUCGCCGUCUCUCGGCUGGACAACCCGGUGGCGGCGGAUCUGCCGGCGCACCUCGCGCGGUUCCUCACGCACUGCGACUCCGUCGACGACCUGAAGAGAUUCGCCGUGCCUGUCAUCGCCUCCAGCUUCGUACUGGACCACUAUCCUCCAGACAUGCACCUCUUUGAUCCGCGCGACGUCUUCCAAAUGUUCUACAAAGACGUGUGCCACAACGUGUGCGGCACCGCCGUCCUCGCGCACGAAGGGUCCACCGACUUCCUCUUGCCGUCUCAGUUCGCCAAGAUGGUCGAGGCCCAGAUGGCCCGCAUGUUCCGGCAGCUGACGACGGGCCAAGCCGCGGCGUCACUUCAUCGGCAGCUUGUCGCCGCCUUCACAGAGGACUGGGCCCAGCUUCGGUCUGACAGCACGUGCUACCUUUGUCUGCGGCGCGCUCCGCAGGUCUUUCCCGCGUGCGGCCACGGUCAUUGCAUGAACUGUGUCGAGGUGUUUGGCGUCGCGAGUGCGGCCGACCCGUGGCUCAUCGAAGUCGCCGAGUGUAUCCUCUGCGGGCAAAACGUUGACAUGCAGAUACGUGUGAAGCCGGACACCGCGUCGGUGCGGGUCUUGUGUAUCGACGGCGGCGGGACGCGGGGCAAGUAUCCCCUCAAGGUGUUGAAGCAGCUCGAAGACGACAUCGGGCUGCCCGGCCAUCCGGUACAGCAGAACUUUGACGUCGUCUUCGGGACGAGCUCAGGCGCCAUCAGCGCUGGUGCCCUCUGCAUCAACGGGUGGACGGUGGACGAGUGCAUCGCCCGCUUCGAGUCCCUAUCGAACCACGCGUUCACGCCUCGCGGGGUUCCGUCUGUUCCCAUCAUAGGCCCUCUCAUACGACUGAUGAUGCGGGUCCCCUUGUUUGCCACAGUCGUGCGCGUCGCAGCCUUGCUUCUUCUUGACAGCAGGUAUCCGUCGCAGCACAUCGAGAAGGCUUUGCGAGACAUGUUCGGCUCCGACAGAGGCAUCGCCGACUACUCGGCCGCCGACACGAUGGGUGCCAUGGUUGGCAUGACGGUCGCGACCGUGCAGGACGCAAGCGCCUGCAUCUUCACCAGCUACAACGGAGAGGGCCACCGGGCCGGCGAUCGCGGUAGCCUCCCCGUCUCCGUCCCCGUCUCCGUUGAGGCGAUUCGAAGCCCGCGAGCCGAUGCUGACAGGCUCUAUUUCACGCCUUGGUCUAUUGACGGCCUCGGCACGUUCCAGGACGGCGGCUUAGUGGCCAACAACCCGUCCUCGAUCGCGCUGCAAGAGGUGGCCUCCCUUUUCCCUGAAGCGCCAUACCCAAGCCUUCUGGCCUCGAUGGGUACUGGCUCCUCCUCGAGCUCGUCCGGCGGCGGGUGGUGGGACUGCUUCCUCCUCCGCCUGGCGCGAGCGUUCCGGAACCGCAACAAGAACGACUGGCAGCGGGUCGUCGCACAGAAGAAGGUGGGUCGAUCCGGCGAGUUCUUCCGCUUCGAUGUCGAGUUCGACGGCUCCGAGCCGCCAUUGGACAGCCUGUCCAGCUUCGACGAUGAAAAAGAUGAUGGGUGCACCUUUGAAGGCCUCCCCGCCCUGAGACGUCUGAGGCUGUGCGCGAGGGCAGAGCUGUUCAUCUUUGAGCUGCGUGCUUCGAAGCCGUACCUGUUUUCCGAUGGAGGGUACGAGUGCUGCGGACAAAUACGAUGCCGGCUGAGCGCCCGCUCUGAAAGCCUGACUGAGUUGAUGCGGCAGCUCGCCAGAAGCAAGGCGUACUUCCGCGUCGGCGGCCGUAAAGUAGCUUGUGAUUUUGCGUCAUACCCGGCAGCCUUUCCAGAUGGUCAUUUUCGUCUGGACGUGAAGUUUCGCGUGGCCAGUUUGCAGGAGUCGCUCGCCGUUUGCCUAUGGGAGACCGCCGACGAGGGUCGCGACAUCAGCGGCUCGCCGUUUACCGUGCAGCAGCUGGUGCGGAGCCAAAAGCUCGAGCAGUGCUUCGGCACCUCCGAUCAUCGUCAGAAACGGCGUCGCGACGACGACGACGACGACGAAGACACAAGCCGUAAGCAGCCGAGAUUGAAGCGGUAG